GAGAUCUGAGCCCACUACAGGGGACUGGGGGAUAUUGUACUUAGCCCGGUCUUCGGCUUACUCGUGAUGACAGAACUGUACUGGAUUUUACAUUCUGUAUCAAAUGAGCAUAAGUGCAAGAACUGAGAAUUUACUUGAUUCAGCUGGAUUUAUUUAGCCUGAUGGUAAAGCGAAGCAAUCUUCAUUUUAAUAAACCGAGAAGAGCCAGAGCAGUACAAGGUAACCCACAAUGGAUCAAAGCUUCUAUGGUGGAGCCCCACGAUUUCUUUCAAGGCCAAAAGCUUUUGCUGUCUAUGUUGGGAGAGAUACAACACUAAGCUGCACUGUUGUGGGAAGCCCUUUACCAGUGGUCACCUGGGAAAAAGACAAAGUGAAUAUAUCCUCAGGGGAAAAAUUCCAAACAGUGGAGGAUGGAGAUAUUUAUCGAUUGACCAUCUUUGAUCUUACAGUUGAAGACAGUGGGCAGUACAUUUGCAGAGCAAAGAACAAUGUGGGAGAAGCAUAUGCUGCCGUAACUCUUCAAGUUGGUUUAGCAACUGAUCAAAUAGAACGUCCUCCUACAUUCAUACAAAAACCCACUUCUGCAAGGGUUGAACUGGGUGAAGAUGUCGCUUUUUAUUGCAGAGUUCUAGCUCACCCAGAACCAACAUUCAUGUGGGAAAAGGAUGGAAGAUAUCUUGGAGAGAGCAAUCGUCACAAGAUUGAAUCAGAUGGAGAGGCUAGUUCAUUGAAGAUCCAGUGUGUUCGCUACAUUGAUGGAGGAACGUAUACAUGUCGUGCACAGAAUUCUAUUGGCAGAGCUAGCACUGCAGCAGCCUUGGUGGUACAGCAACAGAAAUCUCAAAGUAUAACAAAUGCCUCUUCAGAAAAGACAACUUCACUUCUUUCACACUUGCAGAAACGUAGAGAAGAAAUGCGCAAAACUGACAUUGCUCUUUACUGGUCAACCAAUCAAACUGAUGAUGCCUUAUUCUCCUCAGGAUCCAACAUCAAAACCCCAGAAAGACUGAGCAGCUUGGGAUUAAGUCUUUCAGAAGACUAUGAACGUGCUGCACUGUUAGCUGAUAAACUUCCAAAAGGUGUUUUCACUCGAACCUGUACUGUGACAGAGGGCAAGCAUGCCAAGCUGAGCUGUUAUGUUACUGGCCAUCCUAAACCCCAAAUCCUGUGGAAGAAAGAUGGGUUUCCAAUCAGUGAAAGCCGCAGGCACAUGCUGUAUGAAGAUGAGGAAGAAAAUUUCAUUCUGAAGAUUCUUUACUGCAAACAAAAUGACAAUGGUCUCUAUACUUGCACUGCCUCCAAUCUUGCUGGCCAGACAUACAGUGCUGUCUUAGUUAUUGUCAGAGAACCUGUAAUUGCAUUCAAAAAGAAAUUGCAGGAUGUGGAAGUGUUGGAGAAAGAGACAGCUGUCCUGCAGUGUGAGGUGCCUGUCCCAAGUACUCUGACCAGCUGGUUCAUGGAGGAGACCAGACUCAUACAAAGCUCUAAGUACAAUAUUGAAGAAGAUGGGACCCUGCGACGGCUGACUAUCCACAAUGCUACCACUGAUGAUGAUGCUGUGUACAUCUGUGAAAUGAAUGAGGGUAGCCGCACUGUGGCUGAACUUGCAGUUAAAGGCAAAAUUACCAGGAAACUUCCGAGGAGAACUGCACUGCCUCUGAGUGAUACUGCCAUUUUUUCUGUGGAGCUGGAGGAUGAAGGCACUACCAGCUAUUGGACAAGGAAUGGCAUACAGCUGAAGAAAGAUGAGAGAAUCUCUAUAACAUCUUUAGGCAAGCAAUACACAUUGACAAUCAGAGACUGCCGACCGGAGGACUCAGGGGAAAUUGCUUUCAUCUCUUGUGACUGCAGGACCUCUACCCAAUUCUCUGUUACCGCUCCCAGGAAACAUCCUCCAGAUCCCCCAGUCAACCCUGUGGUGAAGGACAAAACUGAAAAUGACAUCACCCUAUGCUGGUCUCCCCCAGUGACAGAUCGACCAGUUCCUAUUUCAGGAUAUAUAGUGGAGCGAAGAAAAGUUGGGAGUCAAUCCUGGAUGAGAUGCCAUGGCUCAGAAAAUAUAAUUACACCAGAAUUCACUCUGAACAAUCUGAAUGAGGAAGGCAGCUUCCAAUUCAGGAUUACUGCAGUGAACAAUUUUGGGCAAAGUUCUUACUUAGAAUUUCCAGGGGUAUUUUAUCUAGAACCUAAAGCAUCUGUAACUACUCCACUUAUUGAUGUAACCGCAGUAGCUGGUGGCGAGGCUACCUUCACUAUUGAGCUGUCAGCUCCUUGUUCUGGGAUGUGGUUCCUUAAUGGUAAAGCAGUUAAAAGUGGUGAAGAUUAUCUGAUCUGUCGAACAAAGAAUACCCAUACACUUGUCAUCAGAAGGAUUCAUGAAACUGACAAUAACUCAGAGGUGAAAUUUCUGACAAGUAAUAUUCAGAGUAUCUGUCGGCUGGCUGUUAAAGCUGCAGAAGCCAGAUUUACCAACAAAUCUUCAGAAAAGAAUAUCGUGACUGUAGGGCUUCAUGGUUCAGCUAAAUUAUUAACUGAAGUCUCAGACCCUACUGUAACUGUGACAUGGAUGAAGGAUAGCAAGGAACUGAAAAUAGGGAAGAAAUAUGAAACUGAGAAUGUGAAACAAAGAAGAAUCCUUAUGAUUCACAAUGUUACAGAGGAAGACACUGGUAUUUAUGAAUGUGUUUGUAAUGGAGACAGAAUGGUUUUCCAGCUAAGCCUUAAAGCAGAAAUGCCGAAGAUCACAAUCAAAGGUAAAACUGAUGGAGCUUCUAAUAUUGUCUGUGGAGAACAAGCUGAAUUUGAAGUAGAAACAUCUAAUAGCAAGGUGAAGGUGCUAUGGUACAAAGAAGGAAAGGAAAUCCAGCAAAAUCAGAAAUUCAAAUUAGACAGUAAAGGCAAGCAGCACAAACUCAUCAUCAUUAAAGCCCAAAAAGAGGAUGAGGGAAGCUAUAGCUGCUAUGCUGGAGAAGAUAUGGUGACCUUCAAGUUAGAAGUAUCAGAUCCAGAGCCUGUCUUUAUUAAUAAAUCAUCAACUGAACAGAUCAUCAAAGCUAAACAUAAUGAGAAGGCCACUCUUAGCUGUGAGGUUUCCAAUACCAAUACUGAAGUGAAGUGGUACAAAGAUGGUAAAUUACUGUCAUCUGACAAGAAAACCAAAAUGGAGUCUAAAGGAAAAAUCAGGAGGUUGGUAGUAGAAACAGUGGACAAAAAGGAUACAGGAGAGUACACGUGUGAAGCUGAAGGGCAGAAAAUGUCUUUUAAAAUCCAAGUUGACGAACCUAAGCAAGUGUUCUUGAGCAAGGAACCACUGAAGGAGCUAAAAGCCACACUUUCUGAAAAGGCAACACUUAGUUGUGAAGUUUCAGAAGCUCAGACUGAAGUUAAAUGGUAUAAAGAUGGAAAACUCCUAACUUCUACUAAGAAGAAUGCAAUAGAAUCUGAAGGAAAGAUAAGAAGACUAGUGAUUAAAAAUGCAGAAAAAAAAGAUUCUGCAAUAUACACAUGUGAGGCUGCUGGACAGAAACUUGCCUUUCAACUUCAAGUAUCAGAUCCAGAGUCUGUCUUUAUUAAUAAAUCAUCAACUGAACAGAUUGUCAAAGCUCAACAUUAUGAGAAGGCCAUGCUUAGCUGCGAGGUUUCAAAUACCAAUACUGAAGUGAAGUGGUACAAAGAUGGUAAACUACUGUCAUCUGACAAAAAAAUCAAAACGGAGUCUAAAGGAAAAAUCAGGAGGCUGGUAGUAGAAACAGUGGAUAAAAAGGAUGCAGGAGAGUACACGUGUGAGGCUGAAGGGCAGAAAAUGUCUUUUAAAAUCCAAGUUGACGAACCUAUGCAAGUGUUCUUAAGCAAGGAACCACUGAAGGAGGUAAAAGCCACAGUUUCUGAAAAGGCAACACUCAGUUGUGAAGUUUCAGAAGCUCAGACUGAAGUUAAUUGGUGCAAAGAUGGAAAAGUGUUAACCUCUACUAAGAAGAAUGUAAUAGAAUCCGAAGGAAAGAUAAGGAGACUAGUGAUUGAAAAUGCAGAAAAGAAAAAUUCUGGAAUAUACACAUGUGAGGCUGCUGGAGAGAAACUUGCCUUUCAACUACAAGUAUCAGACCCAGAACCUGCCUUUGUCAAAAAAUUAUCAGUUGAACAAAUUGUCAAAGUUAACCGUUUUGAGAAGGCUACCCUUGCCUGUGAAGUUUCCAACGCCAGCACUGAGGUGAAGUGGUAUAAAGACGGUAAACUACUGUCAUGUGGCAAAAGAAUGAGAACAGAGUCUGAUGGCAAAAUUAAGAGGCUGGUUAUAGAAAUUGUAGAUAUGAAGGAUGCUGGAGAGUACACUUGUGAAGCUCAAGGACAGAAGAUGUCUUUUAAAAUCCAAGUUGCUGAACCUGAGCCAGUAUUUGCCAACAAGGACACUGUUCUAAAGGAAAUUAAAGCUUCUGUCUCAGAAAAGGCCAUCUUGAGCUGUGCAGUGUCUCAAUCCAAAACUGAUGUGAAAUGGUACAAAGACGGCAAGUUGUUGUCUUCUAACAAAAAGACAAAAAUCGAGUCUGAGGGGUGUAUACGACGCCUGAUCGUGGACAGUGUGGAGAAAAAAGACAUUGGCACUUACACAUGUGAGGCCUUAGAGGAAAAACUUUCUUUUCAUCUUGAACUGACAGAUCAAGUAGCCACAUUUAAGAAAAAAGGUACUGAGGAAUUAGUUGCCAUUCAGGAAGGAGAAAGUGCCAACUUUUCAACAGAGGUAUCCACCGAGAGUGUGGCAGUGAAGUGGUACAAAGACAAUAUUGAACUGAAAGAAGGGAAGAAAUAUAAUAUAAAGAAGCUUGGCCUGUCACGCAUGUUGGUAAUAAAAUCAGCAGAGGCUAAGGACAGUGGCACUUACACCUGUGAGAUUUGUGGCGGAGACAAGCAGGAUUUCAGACUUCAAGUGAAAGAAUCAGCAGUAAAGUUUAUCAAGAAACUUGAAGCUAUCUCACCAGAAGUUGGUGAGACUGCUGUUUUGACCUGUGAAUUAAAUCAAAGUAAAGGGGAUGUCCUAUGGAGACGAAACGGUGUUGAGAUCAAGUCAACAAUAAAGUUUAAAAUUCAAGGUGAUGGAUCUAAAUGGUCACUUAAAAUAAUCAAGGUUUCUCUGGAGGAUGAAGGAGAGUACAGCUGUGAAUGUAGAGAUGACAAGACAACCUGUAAAGUCACUCCGAAAGUGCCCCGUGUUGUAAGAUUUACUGGAAAGUUGAACAACGUGGCAGCAAUGGAAGGAAAAGAUGCCACCUUUAAGUGUACACUGUCUCCAGCUGAUACGAUAGUGACAUGGUCCCAUAAAGGAGUGCCUGUCAAAGCAAGCUCCAAGUUCCGUAUAACACAUGAGGGUAUGACCCAUUCUCUGACAGUUAUUGAUGUGACUCUAGAGGAUGCUGGAGAAAUUACUGCUGAGUCUGAAGGGAAGGUUACUAAAGCAAAUCUUCAAGUGCAAGAGGCAUUUGUAUUGUUUAUGAAGAAACUGGAAAAUCAGUCUGUGGAGGAAUAUGGCACAGUAAUCCUGGAGACUGAACUCAGCAAACCCUCAAAGGAGGUGAAAUGGAUGAGGAACAGUGUGGUUUUACAACCAGGAGAAAACGUAGAUAUUCGAUCUGAAGGAGUCAAACAGACUCUGAUUCUGAAGAAUGUCACUUUUGCUGACCGAGGCAUUUAUUCUUGUGAAACCCUGAAUGAUAAAACACAAGCUAAGAUUACUGUGGAAAUGAGAAAGAUCGUUGUAGUGCAUGGACUAAAGGAGAUAAAGGCAGAUGUAAGGCAAACUGUCACAUUUGAAGUGGAGUUGAACCAUGAAGGAGUUGAAGGCACUUGGUUAAAAGAUGGAGUUAAACUACAAACUGGAGGGAACUGUAGAAUAACUAGCUUUGGAAAAAAGCAUGCCCUUACACUCUCAAGUCUUAAAAAAGAGGAUGAAGGCCUUAUUUCCUUCCAAGCAGAGGGGGUGCAUACAUCAGGAAGACUCAUUAUUUCAGAGCCAGCUGUGAAGUUCACCAAAAUCCUUGAAGAUAUUAAAGUCCCCGAGUUUGAAAAAGUCUCCCUGGAGUGUGAACUCUCAAAAUCCAAUGCAGAAGUCAAGUGGUUCAAGGAUGAUAUGGAUUUGAAACCAAGCAAGAAGUUUGCAGUUAUUUCACAGGGCAGAAAGAGAAUCCUGUUGAUUCACAAAUGUACCAAAGAAGACCAGGGCUCUUAUACAUGUGAUGUCAUUGAUGACAAGACAUCAGCAAUGCUCAUUGUUCAUGCAAGAGAUAUUAAAAUAGUAAAAUCACUUGAAGAUCUGGAAGUGACAGAAAAGGAGAGUGCAGCUUUCAUUUGUGAAGUUUCUCAUGAUGAAGUGGAAGGCCAGUGGUUUAAAAACAAUAUAAGGUUGAAAUCUGGAGAAAAUAUCAGGAUGAGACAAGAAGGACGGACUUUUGUUUUGCUGUUUAAGUCUGCAAAGGCUGAGGAUGCUGGAGAAAUCAAAUUUACCGCAGAGAAGGCCUCAUCGACAGCAAAGCUACAAGUAAAAGAGUUACCUGUAAAGAUUGUCAAGCACUUACGAGACAAGAUUGCCUUGGAGAAGCACAGAGGAAUUCUAGAGUGCCAAGUGUCUCAUGUAAAUGCCCCAGUGAAAUGGUAUCGAAAGGACAAAGAAAUCAAAGCUAACAAGAAAUAUGAGCUUAUCAGUGAGGGUGUCUACAGAAAGCUUAUCAUUAACAAUGUUGAUUCUUCAGAUGAAGAUGUCUAUACAUGUGAUGCUGUUGAUGACAAAACUUCAGCACAACUACUUGUGGAAGAACAAGCUAUUACCAUUGUGAGAGAGCUAAGCAGUGUGGAGGUAACAGAGCCUGCACAGGCCUGCUUUGAAGUAGAGCUGGGUGUUGCAGACAUCAAGCCUCCCAAAUGGACUUUAUGUGGAGAGGUUAUACAGCCCAGCUCUGAUGCAGAAAUCGAACACAGUGGAACAACUCAUCGUCUUAUCCUCAGAAAAACCAGCACCAGUAUGACUGGUCCUGUGCAGUUUACUGCAGGCAAGAGUAAAUCUAUUGCUCAGCUUACAGUCAAAGAGCCACCUGUAGAAGUUUCACGUCAAAUGAAAGAUAUAAAUGUAAAAGAAAAAGAAUCUGCUGUGCUAAGUUGUGAGUUUUCCACACCACCAAAGAUGGUGCACUGGUACAAGGAUCAGACAAUUCUUGAGUCAUCUAGUAAAUACAGGAUGAAGCAGGCGAAGAAUCAUUUUGAACUCACUAUUCUCAAUACCAAACCUGAGGACUGUGGAGUUUACAGAUGCAAGGCAGGAAAUGCAGAAACAAAAUCUACACUUACUGUUGAAGCACGCAAGAUUGAGAUAACAAAGCACCUUAAAGAUGUAGAUGUUGAGGAGGAAGGCAAUGCCUUUUUCUCUUGUGAAGUUUCCCAUGAGGAUGAAGAUGUACAGUGGUACCUGAACGACACACUCCUUUGCGUCAAUGAAGUAAAUGAGAUAAAAAAAGAUGGAAAAUUCCACAGCAUAACUCUAAAACGCCUUACAGUCGAGGAUGCUGGAACUGUAAAAAUAAAAGUUGGAGAAGUCAUAGAGAGUGUUUCACUGAAAAUUAAAGAAAAACUGGCAGUCUUCCUCAAGUCACUCGAUGAUAUUAUGGGAGAAGAGAGGGGAAUGGUUACAUUUGAAUGUGAAGUCUCCAAACCAAAAGUCAAGCCUCUCUGGAAAAAAGAUAAUAUAUCUUUGGACUCCAGUGAUAAGUAUGAGCUGCUUCAAUCAGGAAAGACGCUGGGACUAAUUGUACAUAAUCUUUGUAAAGACGAUGCUGGAUUAUACACCUGCGACAUUGGCACUGACAUAACCAAAUCAAAACUUUCAGUUCAAGAUUUAAACAUUGGAAUCACGAAGCGGCUAAAAUCAGCGGAAGUCAAGGAAGGAGAAAGCUGCACUUUUGAAUGUAUUCUGUCCCAUGAAAGUAUUGAUGAGUGCUGUUGGAGCCUGAAUGCUCAGACUGUAGUGUCCGGUGACAGGUUUGAAAUAUCAAAUAAAGGUCGAAAAUAUGUUCUAAAAAUUAAGGAAGUAAAUGCAGCUGAUGCCGGAGAUGUGAUCUUCACAGCUCGGAACCUCAAAUCUAAGGCUACUCUGUUUGUGAAAGAGAAACCAGCCACAAUUACUGAAAACCUGGAAAACUGUAUCAUAACAGCAGGACAAGACAUUAUACUGAUUUGUAAAACAUCAAAAUCAGAGGCCAGUGUCAAGUGGUAUAAAGAUGGAAAAGUCAUUAGAAAAAGUCAAAAGUAUGAUAUUAUCCAAGAUGGGUGCACUAAUAAACUUGCUGUGCGUAAUACCACCACAAAGGAUACUGGGGAGUAUACCUGUGAAACAGAGAUAGCUAAGUCUUCAGCAAAAGUUGAGGUCAAAGAGAAUCUCAAUAGGUUUACAAUGGAGCUCUGUGACUUGACAGCAGAAGAAAAUGAUUCAGUAACACUUAAAUGUGAGACAGCAGAACCUGUGUCACAAGUCGUCUGGAGGAAGGGUAUGUCUGAAAUAAAAGAUGGCAUUAAAUACAAGAUGAAGCAAGAAGGCACACUCUCUAUUCUGUUAAUCAAUCAAGUGGAAAAGAGUGAUAGUGGCAUUUACUCCUGUGACAUUGGAGCGGUUCAGACACAAGCAAAGUUAACAGUUCAUGAAAGUAUACCAGCCAUUACAAAAGGUUUGAAAGACACUGAAGUAAUGGAAGGGGAGGAUGUUGUACUUUUAUGUGAGACAUCCAAAGCUGAUACUCCUGUCACGUGGUUUAAAGAUGGAAUUCUACUGAAGAGUUCCUCAAAGCACAAAAUUAGUUGCUUGGGCUUGAAUGCCAAGUUAACAAUCUGCAAGACAGAAGAAGGAGACAGUGGGAUUUAUGAAUGUGAAACUGGAACAGCAAAAAGCAGGGCCAAGGUUGCUGUCAAUGCUCAACCAGUCAGUUUCAUUCGAGAGCUUCAUGACCAAGAUUAUGAGGAGGGUGGCACUGCCACUCUAAAUUGUGAGCUAUCAAAAGCAGAUGCCCAGGUGGAGUGGAAGAAAGGAGAAAGUAUGCUUCAUUCAGGGAACAAAUACCACAUGAAGCAAAAAGGUGCACUUUUUGAGCUUCAUAUUAGUAACCUGAAAUUAGAAGACAGUGGAAUUUAUAUUUGCAAAUGUGGGGAGCAAGAAACUUCUGCAAGUGUUAAUGUUAAAGCCUUACCAGUGCUUUUUAAACAAGAACUCCAGAACCAAGAGGCAAAGGAGGGUGGCACUGUUACCUUGCACUGUGAGCUUUCAAAACUGGGAACACUGGUGGAGUGGAGAAAGGAUGGUGAGGAAAUUAAGCCAAGUGAUAAAUACAAGAUGAAGCAAAGAGGUUUUGGAGCUGAGCUUAUAAUUCACAACCUACAGCCUGAAGAUGCUGGAGACUACAGCUGUUUUUGCCAAGAUAAUCAGACCACAGCUCAUGUUAGAGUAGAGGCAAUGCCCAUCUUCUUUAAAAAAGAGCUGCAACACCAACAGUUCCUGGAAGGAAGCACAGUUACUCUGCGCUGUGAACUCUCCAGGCCUGCACCACACGUAGAAUGGAAAAAAGCUGGGAAGCUCCUUCAAGCUAGCGAAAAAUAUGAAAUUAAACUGAAAGGAGCUGAAGCUGAGCUGCGAAUUUACUGUGCUCAACUUGAAGAUGCUGGAGAAUAUAGCUGUGAAUGUGCAGAUCAAAAGACUGAAGCCGGAGUAAAAAUUAAUGCACUGCCAGUUCUUUUUAAACAAGAGCUUACAAGCCAGGAAGCCCAAGAGGGCAGUUCAGUCACCCUUCGCUGUGAGUUGUCUAAAUCCAAAGCCCCUAUUGAAUGGAGGAAGGGGAUAGACAUCCUCCAAUCUGGGGAAAAGUACCAGUUUAAACAGAAAGGGUGCACAGUGGAAAUGAAAAUUAACAACUUGCAGUUUGAAGAUAGUGGAGAGUACAUCUGUGACACUGGAAGCCAUCAAACAACGGCUAGCGUGAAAGUCAACGCUCUACCUGUUGCUUUCAUACAAAAACUGAAGAAUAUGGAAUAUCAGGAAGGUGACUGUGCUACACUGCACUGUGAGCUGUCUAAGUCUCAAGCUUCAGUGAAAUGGAAGAAAGACAAUAUAAUUUUACAAGUUUCUGAGAAAAUGCAAAUGAAAAGCAAAGGUGCCAUUGCGGAACUAAUCAUUAAUAAAUUAAAUCUAGAAGAUGCUGGAGUUUAUACAUGCGAUACUGGAGAUGCACAAUCUUCAGCUCAGAUCACUGUUAAAGCUCUUCCAGUAAUUUUCAAAAAAGGGCUCAAAGAUCAGGAAGUUCAAGAAGGUGACUCAAUCACCCUACAUUGUGAGCUGUCUAAAUCUGAAGCCCCAGUUCAGUGGAAAAAAGGGGAAGUCACACUUUGUCAAAGCAAUAAAUACAACAUGAAACAUAAUGGAAAUGUAGUUGAACUCAUUAUUACUGAUGUAUGCCCUGAAGACAGCGGGAUGUAUAGCUGUGACAGUGGCGAGCAGACAACCACAGGACACGUUCAAGUGAGGGCAUUUCCAGUGAGCUUUAAACAAGAACUGAAGGACCAGGAAGUCCAGGAAGGUGACACUGUCACUUUACAUUGUGAGCUCUCUAAAUCCGCAACCCCAGUUAAAUGGAGGAAGGGUACUGUAUUGCUUCAGGCAAGCGAUAAAAUGAAAAUGCAUCAGAAAGACACCACCGUGGAACUUGUAAUUUCAAAACUUCAACUAAAAGAUUCUGGCAAGUACAUCUGUGAUGCUGGAGAAAAACAGUCUACUGCUGAAAUCACUGUGAAAGCUUUGCCAGUUCUUUUUAAACAAGAGCUUAAGGACCAGGAAGCCCAGGAAGGUGACAAGCUUGUCUUGCACUGUGAGCUGUCUAAACCUAAUGCUUCUGUGAAGUGGAAGAAAGGGGAUGUCAUUCUGCAAGACUCCAAAAAGUUCCAAAUGAAAAGCAAAGGCAAUAUUGAAGAGUUAGUCAUUGAUAAGCUAGAACUUGAAGAUGCUGCAGUGUAUACAUGUGAUAUUGGAGAUAAACAGUCUUCAGCUCAAAUCACCAUUAAAGCUCUACCUGUUGUUUUCAAACAAGAAUUGCAAGACCAGGAGGCAAACGAAGGUGACACUACAACUCUCUGCUGCAAAAUAUCUAAGCCAGGAGCAUUUGUUGAGUGGCGAAAGGGAGAAAUUAAUCUCUGCUCAUGUGCAAAGUAUGAAAUGAAGCAAGAGGGACUGUUUGCCAAGUUGUUGAUUCAUUGUGUAGAACCAGAAGAUUCUGGGGAGUAUACUUGUGAUGUAGGAACCCAACAGACUACUGCUACCUUGAACGUAAAGGCACUGCCAGUGUUUUUCAAGACAUUACUGGUGAAUCAAGAAGCAUAUUUGGGUGACAGUGCUACACUACGUUGCCAGACCACAAAACCUGGGGCUCCAGUGGAGUGGACUAAGGGAGAUAUGGUGUUGCAGCCAAGUGACAAGUAUCAAAUGAAGUUGGAAGGUGAUGUUGCCGAACUGGUUAUUUAUAAUCUGCAAACUGAAGACAGCGGGCUGUAUGCGUGCAAUACUGGAAACCAGAAGACCACUGCCCAUCUUAAAGUGAAUAAACUAGAUGUUGUAAUUGUGAAAGGCCUGGAGAGUCAAACAGUGUAUGAAGAAGAGAAUGUUUAUUUCCGUUGUUAUGUGUCUCACGAGAAUGUGGCUGAUGCCCAGUGGAAGCUCAAGGACAUUCCACUGCAGAAUAAUGAGAUGAAUGAAAUCACUGUGGAAGGGAAAAUACACACCCUGACACUCAAAAAUGUCAGUCUUGAUGAUUCCGGUAUUGUUGUCUUCAGCAUUGGGCCAUACACAUCCACAGCUGAGCUAAAAGUCAAAGGCCCACCAGUGUCGUUUACUCGAACAUUGUGCAACACAGUGGUUGAGGAAGGUGGAACAGCUUCACUUACCUGUGAACUCUCUCAGUCAAAAGGUGUCACUGUCGACUGGAGAAAAGACAAUAUGAUUAUUUACCCCAGCAGCAAGUACCAGAUCACCCAAGACGGAGCAGUUCACACACUUUACAUUCAUCAGGUUACCUCUGAAGAUAAAGGCGAUUACAUUUGUGAUACUGGUGAACAACAGAGUGAAGCCAGUUUGAGCAUUAAAGCAUUGCCUAUCAUCUUCAGACAAGAACUCCAGAAUCAGGAGGCACAGGAAGGUAGCAGUAUUAUCUUUCACUGUGAACUUUCAAAGGCUGGUGUCCAGGUGCUUUGGAGGAAAGAUGGAGUACUUCUUCAACCAAGUGAUAAAUAUAUGAUGAAACAGGAUGGCCCUUUUUUUCAACUCCUGGUUAAUAAUAUACAAUAUGAGGAUGCUGGAAAUUAUACCUGUUAUACAGGAGACAGUCAGUCAACUGCGUUUAUCCAUGUCAAAGAGCCAGAAAUGUAUAUUGUUAAACCAUUAUCAAAUGUGGAAGUGUUUGAAAAUGAGGAUGCCUUCUUUGAGUGUGUGGUCUCCUGUGCUGAUGUCCAAGGGGUGAUUUGGACCCUGGCGGGUACGGAACUCCAGAAUAAUGAACUCAAUGAGAUUGGAAUAAGAGACAACAAAGCUCAUACUCUUCUUUUGCAUAAUGUCUCAUGUGAGGAUUCUGGCACUCUAACCUUCAAGAUGAGAGACAUUAUGUCAUCUGCAGAACUUAUUGUCAAAGCUGCUCCAGUGCUGUUUACCCAUUUGCUGCAGAAUGAAACAGCAGAAGUAGGUAAUACGGCUAUAUUGCAAUGUGAACUCUCUAAACCUAUCGCUUCAGUAACUUGGAGAAAAGGAGAUGUGGUCCUCCAUCCCAGUAAUAAGUAUGAAAUGAAGGCUGAAGGCAAAGUUACAAAGCUUUAUAUCAAAAAUCUGAAGUUGUCUGAUUCAGCAGAUUACACAUGUGACACUGGGAAUCAGCAAUCCACUGCCUCCUUGACCGUGAAAGAGCCAGUACUUGAUAUAAUUAAAAGUCUUAAGGAUGUGGCAGUUCAUGUGAAUGAGGAUGCAUAUUUCUGUGUUGAGCUCUCACGCCCUUCUGUUACUGAGGUGCAGUGGAAGCUGGGAGGCAUUGAAUUGCAACCCAAUGAAAUGAAUGUCAUUGACACAGAGAAGAAUGGGGCAGUACACAAGCUUUUACUAAGAAAUGUCACAAUUGAUGAUUCUGGUCCAGUGACCUUCACAGCUGGAACAUGCACCUCAACUGCUCAGCUGACUGUUACUGCUCCACAUGCAUUUUUUAACAAGGAACUGGAGAGCCAAGUGGUACAGGAGGGUAGCAGUGCCAUACUAAGCUGUGAAAUCUCUCAACCUACUGUUUCAGUCAUCUGGAAAAAAGAUGGACUUGUUCUUACUUCUGGGGAGAAGUACACUUUGCAACAGGAAGGCUGCACAGUUGUUCUAAAUAUUCAUGAUUUAUCAUCAGAUGAUCAGGGCCAGUAUACAUGUGAUACAGGAUACCAUCAGACUACAGCCAAUUUAACUGUGAAAGCUGCCCCAGUAUCAUUUAAGCAAGAGCUUAUGAACCAAGAAGUUGUAGAGGGUGAAACUGCCAUUCUGUCUUGUGAAAUUUCGAAAACUGGUGUCCCAGUUGAGUGGAGAAAAGGAGGGGUAGUCCUUCAACAGAGCAACAAAUAUGAAAUGAGAACAAAGGGUACAAUUAUGGACCUUGUGAUACAUGAUUUGGAACCUGAAGAUAAUGGUUACUAUACUUGCAGCACUGGAGAAAAUCAAACAACUGCUUCAAUUACAAUACAAGAAAGGGAAUUAAAGAUAGUGUCUGGUUUAAAGAACACGGAUGUCUUUGUCGGUCAGCCAGCCACAUUUUCCUGCCAGCUCUCACGUAGUGUUAAAGAUGUACAAUGGUGGUUGGAUGGCUCUCUUCUCCAGGAAAGCUCACUCAUCGAAAUAGCCAUCCAUGAUAGCAACAUCCAUACCUUCACCAUCAAGAGUGUGGCAGCUGAUGACUCAGGAAUUGUGACAUUCAAGGCCAGGAACAUCAUCUCCUCUGCCAAACUAUUAGUCAAAGAUCCCACAGUUGAGGUGGUAAGUGUGAUGGAAGAUGUAUUUGUGGAAGAAGAAAAACCAGCAGAAUUUAUUUGCCAGUACUCAAGACCAGUACAUGCCACCUGGAAGAAAAAUGGCAGGCCAAUACAGCCAAAUGAAGAAAGGAUUGUAAUCGAACAAGAUUGGAAUGUUGCAAAACUGAAAAUUAGCUAUGUCACUCAAAAUGAUGUUGGUGUUUACUCUUGUGAAGCUGAGGGAACUAGAGCAGUGGCACGACUUGAUAUUCAAGCUAAACCAAUUGAUAUCAUUCAAGGACUGGAGAAUGUAGAAAGUGUUGAGGGGGGAGAAGCACUGUUUGAGUGUUAUCUUUCAAGGCCAGAGCGUUAUGCAUACAGGUGGCUGAUGGAUGACCAGCCUGUAAAAGAGUCAGACAAAGCUGAGAUGGCUGUCUUUGAAAAUGGACUCCGACAUCUUCUGCUAUUAAAAAACCUUAGUCCAGAGGACAGCUGCAGAGUUACUUUCCUUGCUGGAAAUGUUGUCUCAUCUGCAUUUUUAGCUGUUAGAGGUUGGCAGCUGGGUGUUGUUAGACCACUAGAAGACAUUGAAGUCAUAUUGGGUGAAAAAGCAGAGUUCAAUUGCGUAUUGAGUGAGUUUGUACCAAUGUCCGAGGUUAGCUGGUACCUCAAUGGCUCAGAGAUCCAUGCUGAUGACACCUGGGAAAUGCAGGCACAAGGAAACUCUUACUUGCUUAUGCUUAAAAAUGCUCAGGCACACCAUGCUGGAGAGGUGACGUUUGCAGCUAGGGAUGCAAUUUCAUCAGCCAAGCUAAUUAUUAUUGCCCUGCCAGAUCCCCCCGAAGAACCUGAGGUAAUGAGUAAGAACAGUCAGUCUGUGAUGCUGUCCUGGUUUAUGCCACUCAACGAUGGCGGUGGGCCCAUUCUUGGAUACAAUGUGGAGAUGCGUUCAUCUGACAGCUUCCUCUGGUUGCCUUGCAAUACCAAACCUAUUCCGAACACAGAGUUUGUAGUGGACAACCUAAUCCCAGGCAUGGGAUACCGAUUCCGGGUGUCUGCAAUAAACCGAGCUGGUGUUGGUGAACCUGUCCAUUUGCCGCAAACUGUACAGCUAGAAGCUCCAGUAGUGGUAACAAAGGCUUUGUCUGCACCAUCUGUGAAGGAAGGUGGAAACAUCAGCUUGGAUUGUGAAAUAUCAAGAGAUUGCAGUACUGUCAUGUGGCUAAAAGAUACAAAGAGAAUUCAUCCGGGAAAUAAGUAUCAUAUCAUUUCUGAUGGGAGGCAUCAAGCACUGGUCAUUCAAGAUUUCAGCAGUGAUGAUCAGGGAGUCUACAAGUGUGUCAUUUCUCCGGAAGUAGAAUCUUCAGUGGAAUUAUAUAUUUCAGAACUUUCAUUUCCAAAGCCUGAUAUGCCAGAGGAGGAUGAAGAAUUCUCAAAACAACCUAGCCUACCACAUGAAGCUGCUCAAGAAGGAGAUUUACAUCUGCUGUGGGAAGCACUGGCUAAGAAACGGAGAAUGAGUCGUGAACCAACACUGGAUUCAAUAUCUGAAGUUCCAGAAGAGGAUGACAAAAUGGUAAAAUUACGUAAAGUUACACCAGAGGAGCUUCUGACACCAUUAGAAAGUGAGCAGUUUUGUACAAGUUCAGAUGAUGAAUCUAGAUCAGAAGUUCCUUCCUUAGUGUCUUAUCUCAAGAAAGCUGGUCAGUCAACAGUAACUGUAGCUGGUGGUCAAGUCCAAACAGUAGCUACAAAGAAAUUUUGGAAGAUGUGGGAAGCAUCUGAAGUAGAACCUCAGUCUGUACCUCAGCAAAUGGCUGUAACUACAAUGCCACCUAUUCAGAUCACUCCAGAAGAAGAUCCUGAAAUGACUGAGGCAGCCAUCAAAAUCCAGGCUGCAUUUAAAGGAUAUAAAGCUAGGAAGGAAUUAAAAAUGCAAGAAGUACCUGAUUUUGGGGAGGUCUUUAAAGAUCAGACUUGUGAACCAAAUGGUACCAUUCACUUGGAAUGUGUAUCACUUAGUAAAUCAGACAUUGAAGUCCAUUGGUUAAAAGAUGGCGAUAAAUUAGAAGAUGGAAGACAUCAUCAUAUUGACAUUUACAAUGACGGAACAUGUUCUUUGAUUAUUACAGGCCUUACACCAAAAGAUACUGGUAUUUAUACAUGUGUGAUUUCAAACAAGUUUGGUUCAGCUACCCAUAGUGCCAAGGUGACUGUGGGUAGCCAGAGAGAGACUUCAAUUUUAAAUGCAAAACAAAUGACCUAUGGUUACAGUGCAGACAGUGAGCCUGAGAGUUCCUCAGGCAGUGAGAUGGAUGAUGGAUUACGAAAAGCUGGGAAAAGGCUCAGAAGACUUUUGAGGACAAGGCUGUCUCAUGAUAUGCCAGAUGUAGAAGAGGAAACAUUUGUCAGUGCUGAUGAAGGAGAAUUUGAUACUGCUGAUCAGCAGACAUAUAGGGAAGAUGACACAUAUAUAUAUAUUAAAUUUGAUACCAUUCCAGAAGCUCACAUUGCAUCAAGACGGUUCCAGGAGAUGUUUACAGCUCAUGGUGUUCCAUUGGAAGCUGACAUUCCUGAAGAAGGUUUAAGGAAAGCAGAGUUACGAAUUAAAAAGCUGCCUCCUUCACUAGCUGAUCAUGGUCCUCACACUCCAACUCAGGAAAUGUUGCAACCUUCUUUCACCCCUUCAUCCUCUGCCCCUGUAUUUCUAACUGAGCUGCAAAGUCAGGAGGUUCAAGAAGGAUACCCUGUAAGUUUUGACUGUGUGAUCAGUGGAAGGCCUACACCUAAUAUUCGCUGGUUUAAAGAUGGAAAACUUAUUGAAGAGAAUGACCACUAUAUGAUCAAUGAGGACCAGGAGGGUUGUCACCAACUUAUCAUUACUGCUGUCCACCCAAAAGAUAUGGGUGUAUAUCGUUGUGUGGCAGAAAACUACAAUGGAAUUGCAUCAACAAAAGCUGAACUCAGGGUUGAAGUUUCCUGCAGCUCUGAUUAUGACACAGCUGCUGAUGCUACUGAAACAUCAUCCUAUGUCAGUGCAAAAGGCUACCUGUCACGAGAGCAGGAAGGAAUAGAGUCUAUGACAGAAGAAGAACAGCUACCUCAGGUAGUGGAUGAGCUUCAUGAUGUUCUGGUGAGCCCUGGAGCUCCUAUUGCUAAAAUGAAUAUUCAGGUAAAAGGUUACCCGCACCCUCGAGUGUAUUGGUUCAAGGAUGGUCAACCUCUGCAGCAAACUGAACGAAUUUUAAUGACUGAAGAGAAAGGGUUGCAUUCACUGGAGAUUUUAGAAGUAAGGAGAGAAGACUCAGGAGAGUAUUCCACUUAUAUUAGCAACUCAGCUGGUUCAGCUUAUUCAUCUGCACGACUCAUUGUAGAGCGUCCUGAAGAGCAUAGCACUGAUGGAGAAGUAACAGGUGGAAAAGCAAAAGGCACAAAGGAAAAUAUCACUCCACCACGAUUCUUAGAAAGAUUCACUAACAAGAGAGUUAAGAAAGGAUCCAGUAUUACACUGUCUGUGAAAGUGGAAGGCUGCCCCACACCUUUGAUCACAUGGCUAAAAGAAGAGUCUGCUGAAGAUGUUCUGUGGAUCAAGCCUGACUCGCCUGGCUAUAAGGUGGCCAGUUCUCACAUGCAGCACAGUCUAAUCCUGCUUGAUGUUGGCAAGGAAUACUCCGGUACCUACACCUGUAUUGCUACAAACAAAGCUGGACAAUCGAUUUGUAGUGCACACCUUGAUGUAGAGGAAGUACAAGAAACUGAAGACCAGAGGAAGCAAAAGAAAACUGAGGACAUUUUGAAAAAAUCUAGUCAUGAGGAUAAGAAAGAAUAUGACUUUGAUGAGGAGAAGAACUUAAGGAAAGGAGCGUAUAUGCAACAAGAAGUGAGCAAAGCAACAAGCCAAUAUUUGGGUGAAGUUGGUUCAGAGGAAUUCUUACAGAAGCUAACAACACAUAUUACAGAAAUGGUGUCAGCAAAGAUAAGUCAAGCUUCUCUGCGAGUUCCUGGGAUGGACAGUGAUGAAGAGUGCAAGACCCCAUCCCCAUCUCCACAUCAUGGUCGUUCAAGGCCUUCAUCAAUCAUCGCUGAGUCUUCUUCUGAAUCAGAUGAAGGAGAAACUAGAGGAGAGAUAUUUGAUAUCUAUGUGGCAACAGCUGACUACACUCCACUCACCUCUAAUAAAGAAGCAAUUGUGCUAAAGGAAGGACAGUAUGUUGAAGUUCUUGAUUCAGCAAAUCCAUUGAAGUGGCUCGUCCGAACCAAGCCGACAAAAUUUACGCCCUCAAGACAGGGAUGGGUAUCACCAGCAUAUCUGGAUAAAAAAAUGAAGCUCUCACCAGAUACCCCAUUGGGAGAAGCUCCUGAAAUUCUGGGGGAACAGGUAUCAGAGGAUGAGUACAAAAGAAGACUUUGUUAUUAUAUCCAGGAUUUGAUACGCUCAGAAGAAGAAUUUGUAAAUGACUUAACCUUCCUGUUGUCUCAUCACAAGAACCAUAUGGAUUCUGAUCCUGAUAUCUCUAGCCAGAAAGAGGCUAUCUUUAGGAACAUUGAUGAUAUCUCAAACUUCCACAAUAGCACAUUCCUCUCUGGGCUUAGCCAAUGUGAUACUGAUGAUGAUAUUGCAAUGUGUUUUAUCAAAAACGCACAAGGCUUUGAAAAAUAUAUCAAGUAUCUAGUGGGAAAGUCACAGGCUGAUUCACUUCUGUCCAGCAGAGUUACUCAGGAGUUCUUCAAGAAAUAUACAGAAUCUGAACUAGCUGAUGUGGAUCCUUCACAAAUUCACCCAAUUCAGUAUUACUUGGAGAGACCUCUCAGCAGGAUUCAGAAGUAUAAGACAGUGCUUAAAGAGCUAAUCUGUAAUAAGGCACGAAAUGAGCAGAACUGCACCUUGUUGGAAGAAGCCUAUGGGAUUGUGUCUUCACUGCCACGACGAUCAGAGAAUACUUUGCAUGUGUCUUUGAUUGAAAAUUACCCAGCAACUCUGGAGGCGCUUGGGGAGCCCAUCCGACAGGGACCAUUUACAGUAUGGGAAGGAGCACCAGGCACUAGAGCUUCUGCAAGGGGUCAUCAUCGACAUGUUUUUCUUUUUGCUAAUUACAUCUUGAUCUGCAAGCCAAAGAGAGAAACAAACACUGAGACUCAGGCAUACAUCUUCAAGAAUAUGAUGAAGCUCACAAAUAUUGAUGUGAAUGAUUUUGUGGAGGGUGAUGACCGUGCCUUUGAAAUCUGGCAUGAGCGGGAAGACUCUGUUCGCAAAUACACGUUACAAGCAAGGACGGUCAUUAUCAAGAACUCCUGGGUGAGGGACCUCACUGACCUACAACAGCGCUAUAGUCUUCCAGCUUGGAUACCUCCUGAUUUUGAAGCAGUGUUGAGUGACUGCACAGCAGAACUGGGAGAGACUGUCAAACUAGCUUGUAAAGUCACAGGGAAUCCAAAGCCAGUCAUCAGCUGGUAUAAAGAUGGAAAAGCUUUAGAGAUAGAUCCACAUCACAUCAUCAUUGAAGACCCAGAUGGUUCCUGCACUCUGAUUUUAGAUAAUUUAACAGCUGAAGACUCUGGACAGUAUAUGUGCUUUGCAACAAGCAUUGCUGGAAAUGUUAGUACCCUAGGCAAAAUUAUAGUUCAAGUGCCUCCUCAAUUUGUAAACAAGUUAAGGAAUGCUCAGCUCAUCAAGGGAGAAGAUGCACAGUUUUUAUGCACCAUUCAAGGGGCUCCAUAUCCACAAAUCAGGUGGUACAAGGAUGGCACACUCAUAACAGAUAAAAAUAAGUUUUCACAAUUUAGUGAAACUCUUAGUGGAGUCGUAGUCUUAGUCAUCAAAGACCCUGGAGAGAAUGACCUUGGACGAUAUGAAUGUGAGCUGAAGAACAGAUUAGGCACUGUUACUAGUUUUGCUGAGUUAUGCUUGCAGCCCCCAGCAUUGCUAAUCCCAGAAAGACUAGGGGAACAAUCUAUAACCAUAGAAGUUACUGAACAAGAGACAAAAGUGCCAAAGAAAACCAUCAUCAUAGAAGAGACAAUAACUACUGUGGUGAAGACACCAAAAGUGAAAAGACGCCUAUCUCCUGGCAUAUCUCCUUCAAGAAAGUCAUACUCUGAAGCUUCAACACCAGAACCAGUCUUGGGAAUUAGGCACAAGAAACCUGCAGUAAGAUCUCAAAGUGAGGCAGCUAAAGCAACAGUUAUACCUGCUGUUUUUGUAACUGAAGCACAGGAGGAGUUUGGAGCAGCUGCCAGACAAACAACUGUAGAGAUCAAGCCAGGAGAACAUAAACCAAAAUGGAUUGAAGUUGAAGAAAUUAUAGAAUAUAAGGUGAGGUCUCCAAAACUUCAAAAAAAGAGGGGAGUUUCCCCAGGAAAACCAGAAAAGGAACAGUAUGACACUGAAAAGUUUACUUUACCUGGACCAAGACCUAAAAGACAUCCUAAAGAUGAUCCAAAUACCAACAACUCAAAUAAUAAACUGGUUCAACAAUCAGUUGCAAAUGAGCAACUCCCAGACUCUCUUACCUGGGACAGUGACCAAGACAUACUUUCACCAGAAAAUAAAUACCCAACUCCGGUUCACAUCUCAGGUUUAGAUGACCAAGUUGAAAAACAGGCCUGCAGUACUUUGGAGAGCAGCGCUGAACAUACAACAAAGGCAACAGCCUGUAUCAGACUAAAUGAAGGGGCACCUCUUAUGGCAGCUCAGGUUGGUCAAACACUUGUGUUUAGUUUUGAAACCCCUCAAAUUAGUCCAGAUGAUCAUUGUCUAGGAAAUUUCACAGGAUCCUUUCUAGAAGAGACAAAUCAAGCAGAAGAAACAAUUCAUCAAGAGGACUGUUCUUCUGUGGAAGGCGUUAUAGUUGAAGAACCAGAAGUCAAAUGGGAUGACCUCAUACAAAGAGACACUAAAAUUUUAACUCGAAAUGGGAAAGCAAUAACACUAGAGGAUCUUGAAGAUUAUAUCCCAAAAGAAGGUGAAACAUAUGGUUGCCUAAAUAUCAGUCAACCAUAUUCAGGGGAUUGUGACAAACCAUGUGAGAUUUCAGUUGUUCAAAGAGAAAUUAAUGAAACAACUAUAGGGAAACCUGUUCUCCUUAAUGUUGGUAGACCUGCUGUCACAAAAUCCAAAAAAGGUUUCUUCAGCCAUUUUAAAGGUAAUCUAGCUGGCAACCUUUUUACUCGCACAUCCAGCCACAAAGUUAGUAGAGAACCUAGACAUUCAGUACUUGUGACUGGAACACACCUGGAAACUAUCAAACAUUCAGCAUCCCCAAUGCUGGAGAUAAAGCAAUCCUACUGCACCGAAGUCCAAUGCUCUUUGGAGAAUGGACAACAAACUUACAAAACUGAAGUAUCUGCACAAACUUUCAGUUAUGGGGCAGUGGGAGAGCCAGUCACUCUUCAUAUCAGAAAGAAAGAUACCAUUGAACAUUAGAAACAAUGAAUACAAAAAAAAUCAUUAUACUAGCUAUAGCAAAAGUAUACAAGAAAAAAAGACAUAUAUGUCUUAAACAGGAAAAUUUUACAGUAUGUAUACUAUAUGUAACAAAAAUACUGGUAUUUCCUAAGUAAAGGAUCAUUCCAUAUCUAUUGCAAUAUUUCAAUAUAUAUAUGAAUGUACUCUUUACCUUUAAUCUAUCUAGUUGAAAAUUGUACAUUUUAUGUACAGUGUGUUUUAUAGUAUCCGAUACAGAUAAUAAUACAGUCCUUGACUAAGCUGAAGUUGACCAGUUCCAUCUUAAAACAUUAUAUAGAGUUAUGACCUUGGUCAAAAACUGUAUAGUUACUGACAAUGAAUAUUUGUAACAAAUACAAGUGAAACAAAAUAUGCAAAAUUACCGUCAUAUGUUUCUAAGUUUUGGCUGUAAAAUAACUUACUGUAUUUAAGGUGGCUUCACAAAAUGUCACUAAAUAUAUAUAUCUUUUUUGAGCAAAUAAAAAUGAUUCAGUUCUACUCUUACUAGGUCAGUGAGUGAUACUUUAAGUAUUAAACAAAGAAACCCACUUUUAUCAAACAUAAAACAUUAUAUCCAUGGGAGUACAUUUACAGUAUUUUGUCUUUUUGAUAAUUUAAUAAAGACCCCGUGUUUAAUAUUAUUAUACCUCUAAUUUUUUUCUUACAGAUUGAGUGACAAAUAUUUGAUAGUCUAUAUUUGUUCAGUGUACUCUAAAUGCAGAUGAAAUCAAGAGAGGGAAAAUCUAGCAGAGAGAACAUCCUGUUCUUAUCUGUAAAAAAUACUUUUUC